CCGACGUUUUUGGGUUUUUUGUUUGCAUCGCCGUCUUUUGAAGACCUGAAAAUUCGAAAUAUUUUCGCUUUCGUUGCGACGCGUCGGCUGAACGUCGCGAACGGUGUGUAGUGUAUUUUAGCCGUCGCCAAUUGGGAACUCCAACAAGGAGAUUUUGAAAAUUGCGAAAAUUGCUAGAAUUGUUUGAACGCAAAUAUGGAAAAUUUCGUGUGAAAUUAGUGCGAAUUUGUAAUGAGAUUUUGUUUUUUCGAAUGUUGUACACGCGUAUGUAUGCAUAAAUGCGAAAAUGUGAAAUUCGAAGUGAAUUGAAAAUUCCGUGAAUUGAUUUGCUUUGGAUGCUUUGAAUUCCGAGUGAAUUUGCACUUACAUUAAAGAGGUGGAAAAAUGUUUGACAACAACGAGAUUUUUAGUUUCUAUUUUUGAAUGGAAUAAUGUGUUUCGACUACCGAGAACAAAGAAUCUGAAAAUCCAAAAUCUAAGAAAAUUAACUUUAAAUAUUCCAAACUAAUACAAAGGAUUGCAAAUGUGCAAGUAAAAAUGUAAGUGCGAAAAUAAACAGAUAUCACUUAUUGUUACGCCUGCAGCAAGAAAAAAUAAAUAAAUCACAGCUGAAUAACGGGGCAAAGUGCUAACAAACAGAUUAAUUGUAUUAAUUAAUGCUAAAAAACAUAAAAUCAACGUAAAUGUCUAAAAAAUGCAGAAUAAUCAAGUGCUUUAAAACAUUUAGUGCACGCAAAAACAACAACAUAUGAAGUGACAAAAAAAUAGAAAGAAAAAUAAAAAUAAAUACAAAGCUAAACUUUUAUAAAAUGCCAAUGCCAGUACCGAUUUCAUAUUAUCUAACAAAAAGCAAAAUCAAUGCAGCCGCCGCGGAAACACACUGGGAAUCUACUGUAGCGCUGAAAAGCUUGUGAAAAGUAAAAUAAAAUUAAAAAUAUCACUGAAAGUGUAAACAAAAAAUUAAACUAACUGGAAAAAUAUGUUAAAAGUGAUGAAAUUUUCUUGGGGAAUUCUUUAAAAAUAUGUAAAUUUGUGAAUAAUCUAAAAUCCUAGUGAAAAAGUGCAAUUUUAACAAUAAAAUCGUCGUGGAAAGUGGCGAAAAGCAAGAAAACUGAAAAAUGUAAACCAAUAAAGCAAAAAAAUGAAUUUCAACCCAACAAAAGUCUAUUAAAACAAUAAAAAAGUCAUUACAGCCAACAUUAAAAGCGUAAGCGCCACAAGAAAAAAUUAAGGCAGUUAUAGUCAAGUGCAACAAUAACAAAGAUUUGUUGAAAACCCAAAAAGUGUAAAUAAAAAACAAAAAUAUUGGCUAGAAAUGAAAAUUCAACGCAAUUUGGCUGCACAAAACUCGCAACAAGAACGCCAAUAAGCCGCUGCGUUACGGGUCAUCAUUAAAAACAAAAACAAGUUGCUGCAAAGCGUGAAGACACGAGCAUAAAGCUGCAGCUUCAAAUCAAGCGCGCGCCAUAAGCCGGAAGAAACCGUGAUAAGACGUCUAAGCAGUGGGGAAAAGUGAUGGGAAAAAGGCCAAGUCUGCUAAGCAACAGACACGGCUGACUUAGAGGCUCCAAACUGACAAGGCAACACCUAUAAGUGACGAAAGAAAAAUUGUUUUUUUUUUUUGUAUUUGCUACGCGUGUUCCCAAAAUCGUAGAAAUUUUCUAUUUAAACGUCAACAAACUGCUGCCGUCUAUUUUCUAAGCAUCGCUGCAUUGUUGUUUUAGUGUUGGCGUGUUAUUGCUUGAGCGCCUUUUGCAUCCGCUGUUGCUGGAAAGUGUAAUGUAAUGAGAUACGACGUUCAAGAGUUGCUUCAUCAGUCUGCUGAGGAUCCAUUCGCCAGGUUCGCAAAUGGGAUGGCAUAUCAUCCAUUUCUGCAGCUCUCCCGACCCACUGACUUCAGCGUGUCGUCGCUGUUGACGGCGGGCACACAAGCACAGGCUAGCACAGCUACUGCCGCCGCCGCCGCCGCCGCAGCAGCAGCCGCCGCGGCAGCCGGUGAUUUGGGCACAGGCGGCGGUAAUACCGUAUUGAGUGCGGCCACCUCACCCGUACAGCCACAUCAAGCGCAUCAGCAUCAGCACCAGCACCAACAUCAGCACCAGCAACAACAACCUCCAACAACACCUACAAGCGCUGCGGUGUUAUUGCAACACCAACAGCAAUUGCAAUUGCAACAGCAUCACCAGCAACAGCACCAGUUGCUUUGUGGCGCUGGUCAGGCAUCGCCUGUGGGUGGUCAACAGCCUCCUUUGCUAUCACCUGGUAGCAAUAAUAAUAAUAAUAACAAUAACAAUACCAGUAGUAGCAAUAACGGCAGUAAGUCGAGCAGUAAUAGCAGCAACAACAAUAACAACAAUAACCGCAACACACCCACCACAAAUAACAACAACGAUCCUCAAAGUAGCAAUAAUAAUUUGUCAGCGCAAGCAACGUCUCACGCGCAACAACAGCCACUAGCUCAUCCAACGGCACAUUUGUCGUCGCCACAUUUGUCGCCGCACCAACAGCCGCCGCCGCCGCAUCCGCACGUACCGCACGCGCAACCGCCACCUCCAGUGCCCCAGCAUCCGCAUCACUCGCCGGUGACGGGCCAUCACGCGUUGGGACCACACCUGCCACAACAGCCGUACUUUCCAGCAGCCGCGCUAGCUGCGCUCGCCGGCAGUCCGGCUGGUCCACAUCCGGGCCUAUAUCCAGCUGGUUUGCGCUUCCCGCCACAUCACCCGCACGCUCAUCAUCCAUUGGGCACACCCUACACCACCGCCGAGGACGUGGUGCUCGCAUCUGCAGUGGCGCAUCAGCUUCAUCCGGCGAUGAGACCUUUGCGCGCGCUACAACCCGAGGACGACGGCGUUGUCGACGAUCCGAAAGUAACGCUGGAGGGCAAGGAUCUGUGGGAAAAGUUUCACAAGCUGGGCACGGAGAUGGUGAUCACUAAGAGUGGGCGGUAAGUGGACAUUUUUUUUAAUUAUUAUUAAAAUUUUAAGACGCAAUGAAAGCCCAAUAAAAUGAAAAUUUAAGGGAAGCAGUAAACCGCCAAUGGGCUCACCCUAGUGUUGGCAUGUGAAAAAGUAGUGCUUUUAGCACCACUAACGUUAAGCGUGCACUGCAAAUUCUUUUGUCACCUCUUUAAG